AUGCUGUCGACAGCUGCGACUGUCGCGGUCGGUGGCCAUCACGGCGUCUGUCGGCGCAGAUUGGCCGAGGUGGUCAAGGUAUGCGCCAAGGCCGCAAUGCCCAACAGCCAGGACCCCAUCGACGAGAACUCCAAGAUUUUUUGGCGCUGGAAAGACCUCAUGAUCAAACUGGAGGAGAUGUUGCUGGAGACUCUGUGUUUCGAGGUGACGCCUGCCAACCCGUACCGGGUGACGCUGAAAGCACUGCGGCUUGAGGAGGACAUCCCGCGCGAGUCUGAGUGGCUGCGAAAGUCCAAAGACCUGUUCAUCCAUUGCACAAACACGUUCGAACUCACGUCGCGGGUGCCGUUGAUGCUGCUGCACGAGACGAACGUGAUUUCUGUGCUGGGGGUGGUUUUGAGCUGCGCGCGCGACGGCACACGGGUGCCGGGCGAGUUUUUCGCGGAGCUGGACACCGACAAGGACCAGGUGUGGGCGUGCUACGAGGACCUUGUUGCGCUGAGCAGGCCGCUUGCCACGCUGGACACGCCGUUCCAGGUGCUGCCGCACCUGCCCAAACUCACACACGAGCAGUUUGUGCGGCUGGUGGGCGAUGCGGCACCCCCCACCGACCAGGCGCUAGAAAAAAACCCAGCUCCAGAAAAAAAAGGAUAA